AUGUUUUAGAUAUUUUAUAUUUUAAAAUUAGUCUAGUCAACAUGUCCAUACUCAAAUUUUGAUUAAUUUUAAUUGAAUAGUAAUAACUUUUAUCAAGAAAAGAAUUAUGAAAGAGGAAAUACAUAUGCAUUUGGUGUAUGGACUCAAUUUGCUCCUAUUAGAAAAAAUUCAUACUCAGACAAAUCAAAACCUUAUUUUGAUUCAACAAGAAAUCUUGAUGGAUUUCAUAUUCUAAAUUUUCAAAAUGAAGGAAACAUAUAAACUAUAUUUUAUUAAUAACCUCUUUAUGUUACAGGAUAUCCAACAUUAAUCAUUUUGUAAAAUACAUAGUCUGGGGUAUUGGCUUAUAGGAUUCAAGAGGCAUUAUUUUAUUAUGAGGGAUAUUGGAUUUUUACCUAUUUUAGUUUUAAUUAUGAUAACAGAUACAAUUUUGCAUCAUAUAGUACAGGGGAUGAUCGUUUUUUUAAUUUUUUAGUCACAAAUAGAAGAUUGAAACCAUAAACAAAUAAUGUUAAAUUAGAGUAUGGAGGAUAGGGAUUAUAUAACAUAGAUACUAGUAGUUUUAAUUUAAAUAUAUUUUUGGGAAGAAUUUCUAUAAUUACUAUAUUUGAAAAUCCAAUUAGUUUUUUUAAUAAUUAAGAUAAAGUAAAAUUUGUUUAAUUUAUUUCAAAAUGCUCAGUUCCAUAAGGAUGUUAAAAUGUUGUUGAAUUAUUAUUAUUUAAUGAGCCAUAUAAUUAAUAUAAUUGUACGAUUCGUAAUUAUUAAGUUGAUAUUCAUGGAUUAGUAUACAUGUUUGAUUUUUGGAUAAAAAGAGACUCUUAUAAAAUAAAUUCAGAAAAUGAAAUCUUAUUAUCAUUUGGAGGUUUAUUUUCAACUUUAGAGCGAUAUUAUUAAUUAGCAUUGUAUUGGAGAAUUGUAAAUUAUGAUGUUAUAUUACUUCAUCAUUUAGAUGUUUAUUAUUUAGUACCAGGAGAAUAAAUUACAUAGUAUUUUGAUAAUUAUCUUGUAUAAUUGUUUAAACCUAUAAAAAGUUAUGAAUAAUGGACCUAUUUAAAAUAUUAGUUUUAGAAGAUUGGAAUGUAUCAGUACGUUUACCUUUCUAUCUAUUAAUCUUGUUGUGAUACUUGGGAAUAAUAUUAUGUGCUCAAUGUUCCUUAUUAUCAAUAAUAUACAAAUUAUUAGGCCACAAUAACAUUAUUCAGAGAAUAAGAAUUAGGAACCAUCAUACCUUUUGAAGGUUUAAUUUCAAAUUUAAGAUUUAAAUACUGUAACAUUAUUGAUUAUCAAUUUGGAUAAGAAUCGAAUCUAAGUAUAUAUAAAUAAUAUCAUAAUAGAUUGCAAUACACUGUGUAAAACUUGUAUAGGACCUACUAAAUAUGAUUGUGCAUCCUGUUAUGAUGAAUAAAAUAGAUAAUUAUAAUCUGAUCUUCAUUAAUGUUUAUGUAAAUCUAAUUAUUAGGAAUCAGAUAGUUUAAUAUGCCAAAGUAAAUUAUUUUUUAAUCUAUUUUAGAAACCCUUCUAAACUCUAUCUCCUAAUAAAAAGAGUUGUAUAAAGAAUACAAUAUAAUCGAAGUAUAAUAUAAUAAAAAGUGUAAAUAUGGUUACUUUGAAGUAUGGAAGAAUCUUAAAUUUAUAGGAUGCAUUAAAUGGUAUUUAUAAUUUUAAUUCAAAGUCCUUAUUUUGGCUAAACUCAUAAUUCAUUGAAUUGUAUUAAUUGUAUAUUAAAUUCUCACAAUUGGUAUUUAGAACCUGUAUGUAAUAUUGAUUAUAGUACUGAUGACUCUGUAUCUUAUUACAACCAAUAAUUAGAUUAUCAAACAUAAGAAAUAUUUAUUAUAAAUUUUGAUUUGAUGAUUAUUGAACUAUGUUUUGGAUGUGAAAAAAUUACUGAAACAAAAAAUUCAUUUUCAAUUAUUAAGUAUGUGAAUGGUAUAUAUACCUUUUAUUAAUGUAAAUAAUUUUUAUAUCCUAAUAAUAAUAUUUGUGAAUUAUGUGAAAUGAAUUGUAUUAAAUGCAAAGAUACAGAGAAAUGUAUAGAAUGUAAUUAAGGGUUUUAUAUAAAAAAUGAUCAUUGUUAUCAAUGUCCUUAGGGAUGUUUAUAAUGUAUUUUAGAUUCAAGAUUAGACUAAGUAAAAUGCACUGAUUGUUAAUAAGGUUAUUCAUUAGUUAAUGAUAAUUGUAUAAAAUGUGGUUAUCUUUGUGAAAUUUGUUAAUAGAAAAUAAAUAGAGAUACUGGAUAAGAAUAUAUGAAAUGUUUAAAAUGUAAUUACAAUACUUAUAUAUCUCUUGAUGGAGAAAGUUGUUAUGUUAAUAAUUUAAAUCAUUGUAUAUAUCCUUUUCAAUUUUCAAUUGUAUCUAAUUCUAUAAAUACAAUUUUGUAUGAUUUUUAACCAUAAGAAAUUCAAUAUAUUAAAACAGGUUGUAUAUUUUGUUCAACUAUCUCUUAUUUAACUGCUGAAAAUAAUUAGUUUACUUGUACUCCUUAAGGAUCUGAUUAAAUUAAAAGUGGAUGUUAUUAAACCCUCCAUUAUUCUGGUUAUAUAGAUUGCUCUAUUGGUAUUAAUAAUUUAAUGGCCUUGGGAUUUGGAUACUGUACUCAAUUUAUUCCACAUUGUACUAUUUGUUUCAGGUUAGAUUGGGAAUAUGCUAAUAUUUGUUAUAUAUGUGAAGAUGGUUAUUAUAAUGAUUAUUAUUCAAGUUUCUGUAAACCAUGUAAUCAAGAAUGUGCUACUUGUAUUCAAAUUGAUUCUUCAAAAAUAGUAAAGUCAUCAAUUAUAAAGAUAUUUUCAAUGUUAAAUGAUUUUUAAGGAACUAAACAUUAUUCAUAGUUGACUCAAAAUCCUAAUAAGAAUGAAAUUGAAAUUAUAUGUACUAAAUGUUCAGAUGGAUAUAUUAAACAUUUUAAUAAAUGUAUUUAAAAAUGUCCUAAUAAUUGUAAAGAAUGCAAAAUUAUUAAUGAUUAAUAAGUAUGUAUUUCUUGCAUUUAAUUUAAUGAUUUACAAUAUCAUGUUUAUAAUGGAAGAUGUAUUUAAUGUCCUUUAAAUUGUAAAAUAUGUCAUCCUAGAACAGAUGAUGAAAAAUUAAAAUUUAAUCCAUAUUUUAAUAAUAAAAAUUUAGAAUAUUUUUCUCAUUAAUGCAUUUCACCAUUAUCUGAUGACUUAUAUUAUGAUUAGGAUAUACAAUAAUUUAUUAAAUGUGAUAAUAUUAUUGAAUGCUAAAAAUAAAUUAUUAUUGAAAUUCAUGUUUAUUGCAAUUAAAUUGAUUUAGAUAAUUAUAUCAAUUAAUUAAAUGAUUAAUAAAAAGUAAUUUAGAGUAAAUUUCAUAUUCUUUUGGAAAAUCUUAAUUUAACAUUGUAUGAAUAUUAUGAUUAUUUUUUAUAUCUUAAUCAGAACUUUAUUAAAAUAGUUACUUAUUAAAUUACUAUUGUAAAUAAUUAAAUUUGUUCUUUAAAUAAGUAAUUAAACAUCUAAUCCAAUUUAUAAACAAAUUGUUUUAACUUGAUUCAAUUAAACUUAAUAAUCAAUGGAUCUGGCAAUACUCUAUAUUUGAAUAAUCACUUAUAACUUAUAAAUUUUAAAUACAUAAGAAUUGAAAAAAUUAAUAUUCAAAUUUCUAAUGGAGAUAUAUCUAUGGAUAAUAUCUAUGGUUAUAUUGUAGAAUUUGAAACUAUUAAUAUCUAUUAGGAUUUAACACAGAUAACAUCAUAAAAUUAUUUAAUAUAAAUUAACUAAUCCAUUUAAAUUAAUAUUUCUAAUUUGUAAAUACACAAUAUAAAUGUUCAUUUUCAAAAUGGAUUAUUUUUAAUUACUAAUCAAAAUUUAGAUAUUAAAUUAAUAGUAGUGGAUCUAAUAAUAAAUGAUGCUAAAAUUAUUAAUACAUCAAUUAUUAAAUUUAACACAUCUUAAAAAAUCUAAACAUAAAUAUAAAAUCUUCAUAUACAAAAUUCCUAAUUUACUAAUACUACUCUUAUUGAGUAAUUAUAAUAAACUAAAAUAAUAAAUAUAGAUAAUUUUAUUAUUUAAAAUUCAAUUAUUGUAAACACUACAAGUUUCUUAAAUUUUAAAUUAAUUUAAAAAGUUGAAUUUAAAGGAUUAUAAUUUUAAGAUUCAAUUUUACAAAAUUCAAAUUUUAUAUCAAGUUCUAAAAUUCUAUUAUUGAUUGAAUUCAAUUUUUUAAAACUCUAAUUCCUUGAGUAAUCCACAUUAUUAAUCAAUUAAGAUUCAAAUUUUCUUGAAUUUAUAUAAAUUGAAAAUGGUAAAAUCAUAGAUAAUGUUUACUCUAAUAAGCAUGCUUUAAUUUUAUUAUUAAAUUCAGAAAUAGUGUAUCUUAAAAAUAUACAAUUAAUCAACAAUGCUAUUAAUAUUGAUAACUAAAAGGAUUCUUUUGUUAAGGACAUUGAAUUAUCCAUAAUCAAUAUUUAAUCAAAUAUAGUAAUAUUUGAUACUUUGAUAAUUUAGAGAGGAAUAGGCUACUCUGAAUUCACUAUAAAAAAUACAAAUACCUUUAAACUUAUGAAUACUGUAAUUACAUUACAUUAAAAUUAUUAUUUUUAAAGUUUAUUUAAUAAUAAUUAAGAAUGCAAAUUACAUCCAUUUAACUAAUUUAUGUAUAAUAAUCUAAUGAAUUUAUAAAAUAGCUCAUAUAUUCAAAUUUCAAAUACUAAUAUUACUGAUAUCAUAUUAUAUGAUUCUGUUUUAUUUGAAAUAUAAAUACUUUCAUAGAUAAACUCAUAAUUUAUAAUGAUAAAUUGUAAUUUUUCUUCUAACAUUUUACAUCAAUUAAAUAAAUACUAAAAAGUAUCUUUAUUAUCAAUUAAUUCUAAUUCUUAUCUUAAUUUGGAUAUAAACAAUAUUACAUUUUCUUAGAAUCUAUUAAAUUUAUUAAGAGAAAGUAACCCUUAAAAAUAAAGCUUAAUUCUAAUAGUGGAAGCAUUUUAAGCCAAGAGUACAAUAAGUAAUUGUUUAAUUGAAAAAAAUAUGAAUUUAAAUGGUUAAGGAUCUAUAUUAUAUAUAGACUCUGACUUAAUUAUUGUAGAAAAUACAAAGUUUUUAAGUAAUUCAGCAUUUGUAUAUGAUACUUUAAAGUAGUUUCUUAGAUGGGGUUUGACAGAAGAUAUCUUUUUAGAACAUUUAUAAAAAUUAUAUAUUACUUAGAGUAAUGGAGGAAAUGGUAAUUUUUAAGCUAGAUAAAUCAUAUUUAACUAAAUUUUAUUAUAAAGUUCAAUCUCAAAAUAGGGUGCUGGAUUCGUAUUUAAAAUGAUAGAAGAUGGAAAUAUAUAGAUAAGCAAUUCAAAUUUUGAAAAUUUGGAAGCUGAAUUGAUGGAAUCCUCAUAAGGAGGAGCAUUUCAUAUAUCAUCAUAAUCAUUAUAUUUAAGUAUUAAUAUAAUUAAUACAAAAUUUCUUGAUAUAUCCUCAAGAAAAGGUGGUAGUAUAUUCUAUAUUAUACCAUCAACAAAAUUAUUCAAGAUCACAUUACUUAAUUCUACUUUUAAUAACAUUUUCUCAAUAUAAGGAGGGAUAAUAUACGUAGAAAAAUCUAUCCAUUAAGUAUUAAUUUUUAAGAUGAGGGGAUGUUAAUUGUCUUAAAAUUUAGAUAAAUUUAAUAAAUUCAUAAAUUCUUUAUCAGAUGUAUCAAAUAAUGAAUUAAACACAUUAACAUAAGAGUAUUCACUUAUCUAUUGUUAUGAUUGUUAAUUUUAAAUAAGUGAUUUAUGUAUAACAAAUUAUCUACCUAUACCUUUGUUUUAAUUUUAUGGAAGUACAAAUCUCAAAAAUAUUUCAAUACAAAAUAUUAUUUUUUCGAAUCCAUUAAUACAAUUUUCUCCAGUAAGAGAAUCAGAUUAAAUAAUUCUUCAUAAUAUAGAGUUUUAAAACUGCACUCAAAUAACAAUUACAGAAAUCAAUAUUCCCUAAAAAUAAUAAGAAAAAAUUAUAAAUAAUAAUGUAAGAACAUCUUGUAACCAAAGUUUAAUAGAUGCUCCUUUAUUUAUCAUGAGUUUUAAUGAAAGCUUCUCUAAUAUUAAUCAAAUAACACUUUUAGAUACCUUAUUUAUUUAGAUAUAAUCAUCAACAAUGUCUAUGAUAUUGUUUAAAUUUGCAGAUUAUUAUCAAAAACAUUAAAUUCAACUUUCUUAGAUUAAUUUAUAGAACAAUAAGUGCAAUAAGUGCUCAAAUGGACUAUUAAAUUUUUAGAAUAGUAAAUAAAUAUCUAUUAAAAUUACAAAAAUCACAUUAUCUAAUUCUUAUUGUGGUAAUAAUGGUUGCAUUUCUUUUAUUUAAUUAGAUAAACGUAUACUUUAAAGUUUAGAUUCUAAAUACUAUAUAGAUAAUUCUUUUAUUAGAAUAGAGGAUUUGUAAUGUAUAAACAACACUGCUUAAUAUGGAGGUUGUUUGUUUAUACAAAAUUAAAUUAUAUCAAUUAGUUAAAGUUUGAUAAGAGGUAAUAAGGCAGUAUAUGGAGGUGCCAUUUUUACAAAAGGAAUUAAUUCAACAAUGAUUUCAGAGAAUGUGAUAAUUACAAAUAAUUCAGCAUAAUUUGGAAGUGCAAUUUAUAAUUAGGAUAAUUUAAAAAGAAAUGUUAAAGGAAUAGAGUUAAUUGAUAAUUAUGGAUUAAAUUAAAUUGAUGAAUAACCUUAAUAAAUUUAUUUGUAAAUCUUUAAAGAUUAAAUAAUUAAACCAACAAUUGUAUCAUCUUCUAAAAAUCACAUAAAAUCUUAAAUAAUUGGCAAAGAUGGUUAAAUAUCAAUUAUACAUAUUCCUACUGGUAUUCCAUUAAAAGUAUACAGAAAAUUUGAAAUAGAAAAAAAUAGUUACAAUUAAAAAAUAAUAGAAAUGAGAUUAUAUGCAAUUAACUCAUAAUUAGAAAUAGUUAGAAAUCUUACAAAUACUUAUUGUGAAUUAAAGAUAAAUAAUUAAUUUGGAUAAGUAUAAAAUCUAUUUUUAAAUAAAAAUAAGAUUUACUUUAAUUAAUCAACAUUUUCAUAUAAUUUAGAUGAUUUAAUAUUUUACAUUCCUUCAGAUUCUAAUUAAACAUUCGAAUUUUCUAUUAAAUGUAAUAGUAUUUAUGUUCCAAUUUUAAACAAUACAAAUAAUUUAAUAGAGGGGUAUAAUUAUAUAUUUAUAAUUAGAUAUCAUUAAAAUUAUACUUUGAGUCUAUUAAUUAAACCUAAUGAAUGUUAACUAGGUGAGUACAGUUAAUCAAAAGAAGAUUAUUGUCAUUAAUGUUUAGUAAAUUAGAAAUAAUACUCUGUUAUUGUAGGAGCUACAAAUUGUUAAACAGUAGAUGAUUAAAAGAUUUAGGAAAUAACUUAAGCUUAAAUAUUCUUGAAAAAGGUAUAUCAAUUUUCUAAUUAUAAUAUAGGGUUAUUGGAGAAUGAAAGUGACUACAUCUAUAAUUGACUUUUGUUUAAAUAGACAGGAAAAUUGUAUUGGUGGAUGGGGAGUUGGAAAUGAUUUAUGUUAAUAGGGCUAUAUAGGGGCUCUUUGUGAAUAGUGUGAUUAUUAUAAUAUAAGAGGUGGAGGAUAUUAUUAAAGAGAGAGUUUUUUUGAAUGUUAAAUUUGUGAAAAGGAUGAUUUACAUUAAAUUAUUAAUUUUGCGAUCACAAUUUUAAUGUAAUAAUUUAUAUUUAAUAAAGAUUUAUUUGUUUACUUGUAUUAGUUAAUUAUUUAUCUAAAAAGAGAGUAUAAUUUAUACGUUUAAAUGUUAAGGAAUUUAGAGUACCUUUUAGAUAAGGUUUUUUUAAGUAAAAAGAAGUCCUUAUGGGUUAGAGCAUAAAGAUUAUAUUGUUCUAUUUUCAAAUAAUAAGUUAUACAUAAGAAAUAUCUUCUGUAUUUUCAGAUGAAAUCUAAUAAUUAAUUCAUUUUUUUGGAGAUCCUUUUACAUUAUUAGGAAUAUAUAAAGAAUGUUAAUUACUAAAUCUAGAAGUUAAUGUAAUUUAUAUAUCAUUAUUGUAAAAUUUUAUAUGUAUACUCAUAUUAAUAACUACUUUUGUAUGUAUUUGUUUUGCAAGGAUUUUCAUUUAAAAAUUAAAAAUAACAUAAAUGGAAUUUUUCAAUUUUGUAUAUUUAAUAUAUAUUUUCAUUGUUGGAAGUUUUAUACGAUCCAUUAUUUAACUUAUAGCUUUUAGAAAUAUAUAGGAUGUGUAUUGGAUACAUAAAAAUAUUUCAUAUAAUUAUACAGAUAAAGAUCAUCUUAGAUUAGUUUUAUUCUUAUUUUUACCUAUUGUAAUAGGUUUGGGAAUUGUAUUACCUUAUUUAUUAUUACAAAAGUUAAAGUCAUCCUUAUUUUUAUCAAAACGAAUACCUUUUAAAGACUUUGGAUUUUGGUUUACAUCUUAUUAAAAUGAUCAUUAACACUGGGAAUUUUAUAAAUUCUUAUUGGUUAAUGGAUUGAUAUGCAUAAUCAUUAUGAUUGAUGCAAAUGAUACAAUAAAAGGAGUAUUAUCUUAUUCUUUAUUAAUCAUUUAUACUAAAGUAUGUUAAGAUAGUAAAAUCUAUUAUCAUGCAUAAAUGAAUAGAUUUGAAAGUUAAUUAAAUAUUAUCAGUAUCAUAAUAUUAAUAUUUUGUACAUUAAUUUCAAUAUAAGAAUACUAAGGUUCUAUAUUAAAAAAUAUAAUUUUGAAUUUUAUUAAUUCUUUAUUUAUUUUGGGUGGAAUUUUUAUUAUUCUUCAUUUAUUGAAAUUGAAUUCCUAAUAUAUAAAAAGGAUAUUCUGUAGAUUAUUUGAAAAUUUAGGAAUAUUUAAUGAGAUAUUUAUUAAAUAUAAUAUAUUUUAAGCUCAUUCAAAAACUUCAAUAGAAAUAAGAAAAAAAAGAUUUGAAUAAUUAAGAGUUUUUUUAAAAUAGCAAAGCAAAACAUAAUUGUUAAUUAAAAAAGAAUAUUAAAUUUCUGAAGAGUAAAAUGAGACUUAAAGAUUUUGA